AUGGAAUCCAAAUUGGCCCUCGCUGACUCGACAACUCAGACAACCUACACUGCACUUUACGCGGCUGGGCAGGGUGGUGGCGGACGUCCAGGAAGACGGUGCACACCGCGGCGGAGGAUAUGGGCUUCCACACAUGCACUCAUGACACGAGUCUAUUCACUCUACAACACACUUGUGGCCUGCCAUGCAUCAACAUUUCAGCUGAAAGAUCUUGGACCUUUACAUUACUUCCUUAGCAUUGAAGUACUCCAUACCUCCUCUAGUCUCCUACUUCAUCAGUCAAAAUACACUGAGGAGCUUCUCACUCGGGGAGGGAUGGCUGAAACCAAAACUGCACCUACUCCCAUGGCUGUCCGUCCGCCGUCCAACUUAAACAACCGUCUCUUUGACAAUUCGACCCUAUAUCAAAGCAUCGCAUUAAAACGGAUUCUUCAUUAUCUAAAGGGUAGCUCACGUCGUGGACUUCUUUUCCAAAAAGGAAAUCAGAAGCUCUCCAUCUACUCCGACUCAGACUGGGCUAACGGCAAGGAUGAUCGUCGCUCCACUACCAGGUAUCUGCUGUUUCUUGGACCAAAUUUAAUCUCUUGGUGCACCAAAAAGCAGACGCGGGACAUUUUCGAUGAGUUGUGA